AUGCUCGUUAUAGUAUUUCGGAGGAUGGAAGCGGAUUCGUCGACAGUUCCGGUUCAGCCAAUCGUGGUCGCGGAUUUAAUGGAGCCCUCGGAUAGGCUAGCGUCGGACCAGAAUGUAACGCAGUUCGUUCAGUCGUUCAUUACCAAGGUAGUGCAGGAUAUCGAGGUCGCUUUUAACCCGGCGCAUACUCAAUCUCUCGACGAUGGCGCGUUUGACCUCGCAGUAGCACCCAUCAACUCGGCAGCCACCGACGGAAGCCUAGUCGAAGAUAAGGAUAUGCUAGACGUUAAGUACUGGGACGUGAACAUGCUUGCAGGUUCAGUUACCGACCCAGCCAAGACUUUAGGCGGAGACGGGAAAGUAGUAACCGUGAAAGCCGGCGCGACUGCCGCUAUAGGGCUUCCGCCAGGCGCCGUGGCCACUGUUCCUGUUGGUUUUAGCGCAAAUGGCGCCGGAAAUCCCGUGGGAACCAUGGCGGGAGGCGGAGUGAUCAUUCCUGACGUGGAUCCGGAGAAGGAGGGCGAGUCGGAGGUGAAGAUAACGAACAAGCUGCGGCGCGAUGCGUUCCUGGUGUUCCGCGCGCUGUGCAAGCUGUCUAUGAAGGCUCCCCCGGCGGAGGGGGUGGUGGAUCCGUUCGCUGUGCGCGGCAAGGUGGUCUCGCUGGAGCUGCUGAAAAUCUGCCUUGAGAAUUCUGGCGCUGUCUUUCGCACCAACGAGAGGUUCGUGGGCGCAGUGAAGCAGUACCUGUGCCUGUCGCUGCUCAAGAACUGCACGUCUUCGCUCAUGUCCGUCUUCCAGCUCUCCUGCUCCAUCUUCUUCUCCCUCCUCACGCGCUUCCGCUCCGUCCUCAAGGCCGAAAUCGGCGUCUUCUUCCCCAUGAUCGUGCUGCGCGUGCUGGAAAACGUUGCCCACGCCAAUUUCCAGCAGAAGAUGAUCGUGCUGAGGUUCCUGGAGAGGCUCUGCGUGGAUCCGCAGAUUCUGGUGGAUAUCUUUGCCAACUAUGACUGCGACGUGGAGUCCACUGUCAGCAUCUUCGAACGGAUGGUGAGCGGGCUGCUCAAGACAGCACAGGGAGUGCCGCCCGGCGCGGACUCAACGCUGAACGCGGCCCAGGACCAGCAGCUGCGCCUGGCCGCCAUCAAGUGCAUGGUGGGGGUGCUGCGCUCCAUGGGCUCCUGGACCAACCGCCAGCUCUGCGUCACCGCAGGCCCCAAGGUCGCCGCGGAAAUCGGCGCUGCUGCUGCAGCGGCAGCCGCGUCGGCAGCGGCAACAGCAGCAGCGGCUGCGGCGGCGGCGGCAGGGGAAGGGGCGGCUCCUGUGGCUGUUCCGGAUCUUCUGUCGGGGGAUCUGCUGCCGGAUUUUGUGAAUCCCAGGACUGGGGUGUUGCCUGUUGCGAAGUCAGAGGAGGCUUUGGAGGAGGAGGCGCUUGGGGGGAUGCCUGCAGCUGGGGUGAGCAGUGGAAAUGAGAUUUCAGAGGCUUCAAUUCUGGAGCAGAGGCGGGCUUAUAAGCUGGAGCUGCAGGAGGGGAUAAACCUGUUCAACAAGAAGCCAAAAAAGGGGAUAGAUUUUCUGAUCAAGGCGAAGAAACUGGGCGAGGGUGCGGAGGAGAUAGUUGCGUUUCUGCGCAAAACAGAGGGGCUGGAUAAGACCAUGAUUGGAGAUUUCCUAGGGGACAGGGACGACAUGAGCAUCAAGAUCAUGCAUGCCUACAUGGACUCAUACAACCUCUCUGGAAUGGACUUUGACGAGGCCAUUCGAGCAGUGCUGCUGGGGUUCAGGCUGCCAGGCGAAGCGCAGAAGAUUGAUCGCAUCAUGGAGAAGUUUGCUGAGCGCUACUGCCCUCUAGGCUUUGACAAGGCUCACUGGUGGCUAUGCUGCUGGGCUGCAGGAAUGGACUUUGACGAGGCCAUUCGAGCAGUGCUGCUGGGGUUCAGGCUGCCAGGCGAAGCGCAGAAGAUUGAUCGCAUCAUGGAGAAGUUUGCUGAGCGCUACUGCCGCUGCAACCCCAAGGCGUUCACCAGCGCCGAUACUGCCUACGUGCUCGCUUACUCUGUGAUUAUGCUCAACACGGAUGCGCAUAACCCUGGCGUCAAGACCAAGGUGAGAGCGCGUGAUGAUAUGAUCGAUGUAGCCCCUCAAAAAGCUGUCACAGAGGCGGAUACGGCGCGUCCUUCUCUUCCACCCCCCCUUCCCUUCCACGCCUCCUCCUCUUCCAUGCACCCCCUUCCCACCCAUACAUCCUGCUUCCUCCCUUCCCAGAUGAGUAAAGCCGACUUCCUGAAGAACAACCGUGGAAUCGACGACGGGAAGGACAUACCAGAGGAGUUUCUGGGCGGGCUGUACGACCGCAUCACACGGAACGAGAUCAAGAUGAAGCCGGAGAUCCUGGGGCCCGGAGGAGUGGUGUCCAAGGCUGCAGUGAGCAGUGCGGCGGGCAACGCGCUGCUGGGGCUGGAGAGCAUUCUGAACCUCAUGUCGGGACGCACGAGGGCCACCACGGAGCUGGAGACAAGUGAUGAGGUGGUGAAGCACAUGCAGGAGCAGUUCCGUGCCAAGGCGGGCAAGUCAGGGUCGGUGUUUUACGCCGCCUCAGACGUGCAGAUCAUCCGCCCCAUGGUUGACGUGGUGUGGGCGCCCAUGCUAGCCGCGUUCUCCGUGCCCCUGGAGACCACGGAGGAGGAUGCUGUCACGGAGCAGUGCCUGGAGGGGUUCCGAUACGCCGUGCACGUCACUGCUGUGAUCGGCAUGCACGAGGCUGUCACGGAGCAGUGCCUGGAGGGGUUCCGAUACGCCGUGCAUGUCACUGCUGUGAUCGGCAUGCAGAUGCAACGCGAUGCGUUUGUGACGUCGCUGGCCAAGUUCACGUCGCUGCACUCCGCAGCAGACAUCAAGCAGAAGAACGUGGACGCCAUCAAGUCUCUCCUGCUGGUAGCAGAGGACGAUGGCAACUACCUGCAGGACGCGUGGGAGCACGUGCUCACGUGCGUGUCGCGCUACGAGCACCUCCACCUCAUCGGCGAGGGCGCCCCCACCGACUCCCACUUCUUCUCCGCCGCGCCGCAGCUCCCCACUCUCUCAAACACCACCCUCCCCCAACCUUCGCCCUCUCAUCCCUUCCACUGUCGUCCCUCCCCUUUCUGCACUCCCACCCACACUCAUUCCCCUCCAUACAGAGCCUGCUGCUGCACCUCCACCUCAUCGGCGAGGGCGCCCCCACCGACUCCCACUUCUUCUCUGCCGAGCUGCAGCUCCCCACUCUCUCAAACACCACCCUCCCCCAACCUUCGCCCUCUCAUCCCUUCCACUUCGUCCCUCCCCUUUCUGCACUCCUUCCCAACCCCCCACCCACACUCAUUCCCCUCCAUACAGAGCCUGCUGCUAGUAGCGGAGGACGAUGGCAACUACCUGCAGGACGCGUGGGAGCACGUGCUCACGUGCGUGUCGCGCUACGAGCAUCUCCACCUCAUCGGCGAGGGCGCCCCCACCGACUCCCACUUCUUCUCCGCCGCGCCGCAGCUCCCCCCGCUCACCCAGCAGCAGCGCCCGCAGCCGCUGGAUCCCCAGGGGAAGAGGGGCGGAGGGAGGGGGGUGGCAGCGUCGGUGUAUGGGGGCGGGGAGGGGCGUGGGGUGGUUGGGGGGGGGCAGAGGGAUGCUGGGACGCCGCGGGGGAGUGCGGGGGACGCUGGGACGCCGCGGGGGCAGGCAAAGAGGUUUGGCGAGGGAGGCGAGGCUCCUGCCUGGAAGAAUGUAACUGGGAAGCUGCACCAGGUGGAGAAGCUAGUGAGGCGAGGGUCAUACGACCCACAGGGGAUGAUCGCCGGAGGACCCACAGGGGUGGGCGUGGGCGUGUCCCUCUCGCACCUCUCCCCCGACCAGGUGCAGCUACUGGUGGCUAACCUGGGUCUGCUGGAGCAGGUGGGAUCGGACGAGGUAUCGCGUCUCUUCUCCCGCAGCGAGCGCCUCAACGGGCAGGCGAUCGUGGAGUUCGUGAAAGCCCUCUGCAAGGUUUCUCUGGAGGAGCUGCGCUCGCCCACGGAGCCCAGAGUCUUCUCUCUGACCAAGAUCGUCGAAAUUGCCCACUUCAACAUGAGCCGCAUUCGGCUCGUCUGGUCGCGAAUCUGGGCUGUGCUGGCAGACUACUUCGUGACGGUGGGAUGCAUGCCCAACCUCUCAGUGGCCAUGUAUGCCAUUGACAGCCUGCGCCAGCUGGCCAUGAAGUUCCUGGAGCGCGAGGAGCUGAGCAACUACAACUUCCAGAACGAGUUCCUCAAGCCGUUUGUGGUUGUGAUGAGGCGCACUGCGAGCGUGGAGAUCCGGGAGCUGAUUAUUCGCUGCGUGUCGCAGAUGGUGUUUGCGCGCGUGGGGAACGUCAAGUCCGGCUGGAAAAUCAUGUUCAUGGAGUUCAACACAGCAGCCACCGAUGACAACAAGAACAUUGUCCUUCUCGCAUUCGAGACAAUAAAAAAGGUCGUGUUCACCACAGCAGCAACGGACGACAACAAGAACAUCGUCCUCCUCGCAUUCGAGACAAUAGAGAAGGUCGUGUUCACCACAGCAGCAACCAACGACAAUAAGAACAUCGUCCUUCUCGCUUUCGAGACAAUUGAGAAGGUGUUCACCACAGCAGCCACGGACGACAACAAGAACAUCGUCCUUCUCGCCUUCGAGACAAUUGAGAAGGUCGUGCGGGAGUACUUCCCCUACAUCACCGAAACCGAGACCACCACCUUCACCGACUGCGUCAACUGCCUCAUCGCGUUCACCAACUCGCGCUUCAAUAAAGACGUCUCCCUUAACGCCAUAGCCUUCCUGCGAUUCUGCGCACUGAAACUCGCCGAGGGGGAUCUGGGGGCGAGUGCACUGGAGAGGGAGAAGGGGCUGAGUCCCUCUCAGGUGUCACACCUGCCGGGGCACCCGGAUGGGGAGGAGUUUACCGACAAAGAUGAUCACCUCUACUUCUGGUUCCCGCUACUUGCUGGUCUGUCCGAGCUGACCUUUGACCCGCGGCCAGACAUCCGCAAGAGUGCCUUAGAGGUCCUCUUCGACACCCUCCGCUUCCACGGCCACAUGUUCUCCGCCGCCCUCUGGGAGCGCGUCUUCGAGUCCGUCCUCUUCCCCAUCUUUGAUUAUGUUCGCCGGGCCUCCGAACCCCAGCACGGCGAGCCCGGUGGGAUGAUGCUCGGAGCCAAGAGAGGAGGCAGGGGAGGAGGAGGAGGGGAAGGAGGUGGAGGAGGUAAAGGAGGGAAGGGAGAGGCGGGAGGGGUGCUUGGAGGAGGGAGAGGGGGAGAGGGAGCAGGAGGAGGAGUGGACGUGCCGAUUCACAAGCACUCGCAUCACAAGGGCGCGCCGCUCUCCCGCCACCCGUCCACGUCAGAAGACGAGCGGCUCCGGGCGGCGAGAAGCGGCAGUCCCGAUCCGGCAUCCGAACUCGAGAUGGAUGCAUGGCUGUAUGAAACCUGCACUUUAGCGCUUCAGCUCGUAGUGGAUCUCUUUGUGAAGUUUUACAGUAAAGUGAGCCCGCUUCUAGGGAAGAUUCUCGCGCUCCUGACGUCAUUUAUUCGCCGGCCGCACCAGAGCCUAGCAGCGAUUGGCGUGGCGGCGUUUGUGAGGCUCAUGAGCAACGCUGGAGGUCUGUUUUCCGAGGAGAAGUGGGAUGAGGUGCUGACAGCACUUAAGGAAACAACAGGGACGACCCUUCCUGACCUGGCUGGGGUGGUGAAGGCUGCAGAUUUGGAGGACGAGGAGGAGAGGGAGAUGGAGCGGCAGCAGCAGAUUAAGGAAGCCAGGAGGUUUGAUUUCACGAGGGAUGAGGACGAGGAGGAGCAGAAGCAGCAGCAUCAACAGCUGGCUGCAGCGGUUGCAGAGGCAGUCGGUGCUGCUGCAGGUGGUGGUGGUGUGGAUGGGGGAGAGGAGGAGGGAGUGGAAGUUAAGAGGCCGAUGACCUUGGCAGAAGCUGUGGCGGAUGUGCGGUGCAAGAUUGCAGUGCAGCUGCUGCUGGUGCAGGCAAUGACGGAGAUAUUCAGCAUGCACGGAGCGGCCCUCUCCGCCCCGCACACCCUCAUCCUCCUCGACUCGCUCCACCGAGUCGGCACGCACGCCCACGCCAUCAACUCAGACCGCCUGCUGCGCUCGCGCUUGCAAGCCCUCCACCUGGCGACGCAGAUGCCCGAUCCGCCGCUGCUGAGGUUAGAGAGUGAGGCGCUCCAUGCGUACCUCAGCUUGUUGCAGCGCCUGCCACGGGAGAAGGCGCAGCUGGCCAAGGAAGUGGAUGUGGAGCUCCGGCUGGUGAUUCUCUGUGAAGAGGUUCUCCGGAAGGGUGGUAUCAUUUUAUGCGGGGAAGGUAGGUUAGAGAGUGAGGCACUGCACGCGUACCUCAGCCUGCUGCAGCGCCUGCCACGGGAGAAAGCUCGGCUAGCCAAGGAGACUCCAUGCCUGCAAGCACUCCAUGUGGCCACUCAGAUGCCCGAUCCGCUGCUGCUGAGGCUGGAGAGUGAGGCACUGGAGUCUCAGGUGUAUGUGGGAACGUCUCAGGGCAAGCUCGCACUCAUGACUGAAGACCCAAGAGGUGCAGACGCCCCGCCCCUCCCUCCCAUACCUCUCGCCGUACCUCUCGGCUCGGCUCGGCGUCGGGAGCUGGUGGCUCGGGCGCCGCUGGUGGUGGCUACACUUCAGGCGGUUACUGCAUUGAAGGACGCAGCGUUUAAGAAGCACCUGGCGCGAUUCUUCCCGUUGCUGGCGGAUUUGUACGACGCGGGCGAGUUCAGAAGGUCCUGCAUCGUGGCCAAGUACGUGUUGCCGUCGGCAUUGGUGAGCGACGACGCGUCGCGAAAGACUCCCCUAGUGUAA